CGCCUACCAAAACGAAAGACGCCUUCGAAUUCUUGCCAUUUAUCUAUCAAACGCCAACUACAUUCUGAAACAGAGGGAGAAAACAACCACCAUUUUCUCCCCCAGAUCCACCAUGCCACCCGGUAGGCGAGGAUCUGCCAAGAAGAAGAAAAAGAAGCCUAAAGACUCCAAAAAAUCCCUUUCUUCAAACGCAGCUCGCCCUCCUCAUGGAGAGAGUGAUGGUGCGAAACAUAGCUCAUCAAAGAGCCAAAAGAACUCUCCUCAUCCGGUGGUCAAGACAGAGAAGAGGCAAGACAAUUCAUCUGGGAACCAAUCUUUAACAAUAGAUAGAACUAAGGAGGCUGCCAAAGAGACACAGGGUGAAAUUGAGAUUAAUGGAGGGUCAAAUUCACAGAAAUCACAUGAGAAGAGGGAAGACAAUUCGUCUGGGAACCAAUCUUUAACAACAGAUAGGACCGAGAAGGCUGCCAACAAGACACAGAGUGAAAUUGAGAUCAAUAGAGGGUCAAAUUCACAGAAAUCACAUGAGAAAAGCUCGAGUUCUAGAAGUAAGAGCUCAAAUGACAAGUCUCACGUUGAUAUAAAGGAAGCAGUGGUGAUUCAACCUGCUGCUGUUGCUGACUUAGUCCAACCUGCCAAAGAGACACAGAGUGAAAUUGAGAUCGAUAGAGGGUCAAAUUCACGUAAUUCACUUGAGAAAAGCUCGAGUUCUAAAAGUAGUAGUUCAAAUGACAAGUCUCACGUUGAUAAAAAGAAAGCGGUGGUAAUUCAACCUGCUGCUGUUGCUGACUUAGUCCAACCUGCCAAAGAGACACAGAGUGAAAGUGAGAUCGAUAGAGGGUCAACUUCACAUAAUUCACUUGAGAAAAGCUCGAGUUCUAGAAGUAGUUGCUCAAAUGACAUGUCUCACGUUGAUAAAAAGAAAGCAGUGGUAAUUCUACCUGCUGCUGUUGCCAACUUAGUCCAACAUGCCAAAGAGACACAGAGUGGAAGUGAGAUCGAUAGAGGGUCAAAUUCACACAAUUCACUUGAGAAAAGAUCGAGUUCUAGAAGUAGUAGCUCAAAUGACAAGUGUCAUGUUGAUAAAAAUAAAGCGGUGGUAAUCCAACCUGCUGCUGUUGCUGACUUAGUCCAACCUAUUGAGUCUUUGGUUGGAAACAGGAGUUGUGAACUCGGGGACUUGGCUGUUACAGAUUCCCCUAUUGUUGAUCCAGCUAAGCCGGUUAGUUCUUUGGUUGAAUUGGCCUCCCAAGUGUUUGAUAACACAAAACUUGAAGAGAAAAAUGAUUUAGUUGUGGCAGAAACACCCUUGGAACAGAAUAGUUGUCCAACUUCUACUAGUGAAGUGGUUGGAUCAGUUCCAAAAGAAAAUGAGGUUGAGAAGUUGGUUCCAUCGGACGAUAAGGCUUCUCCAAAAUCAAACGGUUAUUUACCAGCUUCCACGAAUGGUGCAUGCUCAUUUUGUGGAAGGAACACCAAUGAUCGUGUAAAUGAACCCAAAACACCUGAAUGCUCUGAGAAACAGCCUCUUUUAGGUUCAGCUCCCCAACCAGCUGAAAAAACUUCCUGGAAGAGUUGCUGUGGAAUAUUUGAGUUGUGUUCAGGCUCCAGUAGGUAAAUAGCAGGAACCGAACAUAUCGGAUGAGCCAAGUAUAAUAGUCACAUUUUUGAACUUCGAAUUAGUAGAUAUUGAAAACCUUUACAGUUUGUUUACGGGGUCGUAGAAAAUACAAAUUGCUUGUAAAAAAUGUGUUUAUCACAGUCGAUAGAUCAUCAGUAAAAUACAGUGGUUUGCCCUUGUGUUUCACACAAUUAUCACAAUGUGUCUGUGUUUGAUUAACACAAUUUGUUCGAGUAACAAAGAUGGAUCGAUUAACAAA